UUAUAUGCCUACGUUGGUGUAUUCAAAAUACUAUUUUUAGUUUUAUGGAAUAGAAUUAUUCAAAUAGAUUCUAUAAAAUGAAUACAAACGAUGUUAUAUCAUCAUCGUGUGAUUUAUUUAGAAGAGGAAAGUUCACAGAUUGUUGCAACGUUAUUCAAUUUCAUAUUGAUAAUUGUCAUUUGCAAAAAAUCACUUUACAUGACGAAGUGGAGUAUAUAAUACUUAGAAACAAUUUACUUGUUUGCAAUUCUCUGAGGAUUUUACCAGAAAUUAGUACUGAAUAUGUUUUGAAGAUGAACGAGUUUAUAAAUAUUUCUCAACUGUAUUUAUAUGAGAAACAUAUUCCAUUGGAACUGCGUAUCAAUUGUGUUAAUAAUACUUUGCAUUGGUACUGGUUGAAACCAACCGACAUUCCCGAUUAUUGCUAUAAUAAAAUAAUGACAUUAGUCAAUAAAUCAUUGCAUGAAGUAUUACAUGAAAAUGGAAAGAGUACUGUGAAUUUGGGAUCUCAUGUCGGCAACGAACAAGAUAUACUUAAUAGCCUUGAAUGCCUGUCCAAUGGAUUUCUUAGUUUAGAGCCAAUAUUGGUUGUUCAAUGUUUAGAAAUCUCACAGAUAUUACUAUUAAUUUUUUUGUCUCGACAAAGUUUUACUUCACUCUUAGUACAUUUUACAAUGGAAUUGAUAAAUCAAGUCAAAACUAUAAUGUGUGCUAUUAAACUUAAAAAACCAAGCUAUGUUGCUAACUGUUUUAAACUAGGACUUUCAAAACUCAAUGUUUUUCURGAUACAGAGCAUAUCAAAACAAUAGUUAUUAGUGGGCAUGUGUCCUUGUGUAUAAGACACAUUUUGGAAAAUCAACAUCAUCAAGCCGUAUCUACACUGAGUACUAUGGAACAAUACUUAUUGAAUCAAAAUGAUGAAUUUUUUUGUUUGAUGUGCUAUUUAAAGGCUCUCGCAAAUUUCUAUUUAGAAGAGUUUGAAAUUACAUUAUGUUAUUUAUCACAAAUGGUUGAAUGCCUGAUGGAACCUUUUAUUAAAUCAAGAUGUUAUUUAUUACUUGGGAGAACUCAUUUAAAAAUGGGUAAUAGUGAUUUGGCAAUUCAGUCAUUAGAGAAAUUAAAAGAUUCAGAGUUUAGUAAUAUAAUGGCUUAUUACAUGUCACUGCAUUAUGAAAUGAAUAACAUGCAGUUUAUGCAAAUGGUGGUGUUGGAACAGGCUAUUAAGGGAGAUUUUGAUGGACAUAAAGGGCAUGAAGAAUUGUCCAAUAGUUACACAACAAAAGUACUAAUCAUUUUACACCCUCAACCAGAUCUGACUAAAAGGCAAUUACUUUACUUAGCGGCAAAAAAAAAAUAUGAACACACUAGUUAUAAUCUAGCAGCUUCUACUUAUUUAAGUCUUUUAAACUUGAAUGUGGUUGAUCAAUAUGUUUCUGACUUGGUAACAAUUCCAUCAAUGUUUAUGCUUAAGCACGAAGCAGCUGUAGCUUUGUUAAAAGCUCGUAAACCAGAAGAAGCUUUUAAACUAUGYCAAUCCUUGAUUGAAGAAUAUGAACCAGGAUACAGCAUGUGGAAGAGCGAUUCAUUCUGGGCUGAUGAACUGAAUGAUUACAAUUUUAAUGUAGUUGGAACAAUGUUAUUGGCUGAAACGGGAUUUAAUAAAAAUACUGAUUUGGUUUUGGAAGCACUAAACAAGUCUUUCAAUUGUCUGUAUACUAAAAUCAGUCUUGAUUGCACGACGGAAUUUGGUGAUAAUGAAGAAGAAAAUAUUAAAACUUUGCGACGAAUCCUCAUAGGUAAAAUAUUAUUACUUAAAGCAACAGUUUUGAGCAAGUUAAAUAAAGAA